CGUCGCUGCUCAGCCUUUGAAACUCGGGCUGAGUUCAAUUAGGAGACCAUGUCCGCCAUCAACCCACUGCGCUCUUCUGUAUUCUCGUUUAAACCAAAUUCUCCAUGAAAUAGCAGUAACGCGUGGCCUCAAGAAUGGCCAGUUCGGGUGCAGUUCAGGUGAAACUAGAGCUUGGUCACCGUGCCCAGGUCAGAAAGAAACCUACCGUGGAAGGUUUUACGCAUGACUGGAUGGUGUUCGUCAGAGGAGCCGAGCGCAGCAACAUUCAGCACUUUGUGGAAAAAGUAGUUUUUCACCUGCACGAAAGCUUCCCAAGACCAAAAAGAGUGUGCAAAGACCCACCAUAUAAAGUUGAAGAGUCGGGGUACGCUGGCUUUAUCCUGCCCAUUGAAGUUUACUUCAAAAACAAGGAAGAACCUAAGAAAGUGCGCUUUGACUACGACCUGUUCCUGCACCUGGAAGGCCACCCGCCUGUCAAUCACCUGCGCUGCGAGAAGCUGACCUUCAACAACCCCACCGACGAGUUCCGCAGGAAGCUGCUGAAGGCUGGGGGGCAAAGAGAUCCACAUAAGAGAAGUACAGAAGACUCUAAAGUGAUGGUAAUGCAGGAGGGAUCCACGUCCUUGUUCGGGCAGCAUCUGAAGCUGCCCACCCUCCCCAGCAGCUCUCUGACGCUCACCUUCUCCGACGCCAAGAAGAGCAAGUCGUCCCUGGGGUCAAAGGUCGGUGGGGAUUCCCAGGAUGGGUCGAGGAGCAGCAGCAGCUCUCUCAGCACCGCCAACGCCAACAGCGGCGGCGGUGGGGGCUCCUCCAAGCUUCACAAGCCGAAGGACCACAAAGACAGAACUGCAAAAGACUCGAAGGAGCAUAAAAGUGCCUUUAAAGACAGUGCCCGAGACCCCGGCAAGCCUUCCAAAGAUUCCUCCAAGAAACCCAAAGAGAACCAGCCGGCCCGGGACGAACGGUCCAUCCCCAAGAUGGGCUUCAAGGAACCCAAGGCCCUGUCCAAGGAACACAAGUCCGAGGGGCCCGUCAAUCACGGGGCAGGGGCGGGACCUGGGGGGUCCAAAGCCCCCGGCAAGAGGCCGCCCGUUGGUGACGGCGAGGAGCACGUGACCAAAAAGAGGAAGAAGGGCUUUCCCGAGGCGCCCGCGAAACCCGCGUCCGGCCCCGCCUCCUCGCCACCUCAUCACCACUCGGAUAAAAAAACGACGCGGGACAGGCCGCCCAUCCGGCCCGCGAAGCUGAAGGUGGACAGCGAGCCGGCGGCGGGCCGGAAGCCUCCCGCCCUCCCGCCGUUGCGUGACCUCGUCGUCGACUCCAACGACUCGGACGCGGAGGACAACAUGUCCAACAAAUCAGAGUCAGAGCAGCCCAGCCCAGCCAGCUCCACCUCCAGUUCCAGUUCCGGCUUCGCUCCCUCCCACAAACACCACAGUAACGAUCGCCAAGUGCCUGAUUUCGUCUGCAGGAAGGUGGUGGCUGUUCCUACAACAGCCCACACAGUCUUGGGCCCCCUGCGCUCUAUAAUCCAGGAUCUACACUCAGAGGAUAAUGAAGAGGAGUCUGAGGACGAUGACGAUAAUGAAGCGGACUCUGACCUGGAGCGGCCACUGCACACGCACCUGAGCCACCGGCACCGCAGGGUGAGUCUGAGUGAUGGCAGCGACAGCGAGAAUAGCUCCGCCUCUUCCCCCCCGCCCCGGAACGACCCCCCACCGCCCCUGCUGAAGACCAGCAAUAACCAGAUACUGGAAGUGAAAAGCCCAAUAAAACAGUUGAAGCAAGAAAAAAGCAUGAAAAACAUUGACUGUGACAAGGCCUACCUGGAUGAGCUGGUGGAACUGCACAGACGACUGAUGGCGCUGAGAGAGAGACACAUCUUACAACAGAUCGUCAACCUCAUCGAGGAGACAGGACACUUCCACAUCACCAACACCACCUUUGACUUUGACCUUUGCUCGCUGGAUAAAACCACGGUGCGCAAGCUGCAGAGUUAUUUGGAGACUUCCGGAACAUCCUGAGGAUCUGGGUGCAGCUGGCUGCCAUGAAAGGGGAAGAUCCUCACGCCCACAUGGGGCAUGGGGC